GAACGCGUCUUCCGAUUAACCCAUCACUAGACCCAACUCUUUAUCUUUCACCGACACGGCCCAAUGUCGGGAACACCUGUAUUCGUGAUGAACACUGCGCCCGAAAGGCAAUCGGGACGCAAAGCUCAAAUAUCCAACAUCACUGCCGCAAAAACAGUAGCAGAUGUAAUAAGGACGUGCCUGGGCCCGAAGGCCAUGUUGAAAAUGAUACUGGAUCCAAUGGGCGGAAUCUUACUAACUAACGACGGGAACGCAAUUUUACGUGAAAUUGACGUUGCUCAUCCUGCCGCAAAGAACAUGAUAGAGCUUUCUCGUACACAAGACGAAGAAUGUGGUGAUGGGACAACCAGCGUCAUCGUGCUUGCUGCAUCGAUUCUUGCCUCCUCUCUGAGUCAGCUAGAAAGGGAUAUUCAUCCCGUGGUGAUCAUCUCGGCGUACAACAAAGCGUUGAGAGAGGCACUGGCGAUUAUUGAAAAGGUAGCAAUACCUGUAAAUGUUGAGGAUGAGGAACAAAUGUUGGGAAUCGUGAAGGGAGCAUUGGGAACCAAGUUUGUGUCCCGAUGGUCGGAACUUAUGUGUAAACUGGCUCUCGACGCCGUACACAUCGUGGCACAAAAUGUUCAGUCCGACAAAUCUGACUCCCAAUAUGCGUCUACAUUUUCUUCGGCGACGCCUACAGUCGAUAUCAAACGCUACGCUCGCAUCGAAAAAAUACCUGGAGGAGCAAUCGAAGAAUCCCGUGUAAUCCGUGGUAUCAUGCUCAAUAAAGAUAUCACUCAUCCUGGUAUGCGUCGUCGCAUCCAGAAUCCUCGGAUAGUCCUUUUGGAUUGUCCGCUAGAGUACAAAAAGGGCGAAUCCCAAACAAAUAUGGAAUUUAGCAAGGAAGGUGAUUGGUCGCGGGCACAGGAGGUGGAAGAAGAAGUUGUGAAGGCUAUGGUUGAAGCAGUAUGCCAAGUUGGAUGUGAUCUGGUGCUUACUGAAAAAGGCGUAUCGGACCUUGCCCAGCACCAUUUCCUCAAACACAAUGUUUCUUGCAUCAGACGUGUCCGAAAAUCAGAUAACAAUCGUAUUGCACUAGCGGUUGGCGCGACGAUAGUCAAUCGGGUUGAAGAUCUACGGGAAUCCGAUGUUGGAACUGGAUGCGAGGAGAUGCGGGUGGAUAAGAUUGGCGACGAAUACUUCACCGUUCUAGCGCCUUGCAAAUCCCCCCAUGCAUGUACCAUCCUGUUACGCGGCCCGUCGAAAGACAUCCUCAAUGAAGUCGAUCGGAAUCUUCAAGAUGCAAUGUCCGUUGCUCGCAAUGUUAUCAUGGACCCGAGGUUGGUACCUGGAGGAGGCGCAAUUGAGAUGGCCAUUGGUGUUGGGCUAGCACAAGCAGCCAAACGAGGAUCAAUAACGCCUACGACAUACGGUAAAGAGGGGACGAAGGAAAGUACCAUCACUGGUGUCGAAACUGGACCCUUCCUAGCCGUAGCAGAAGCGAUGGAAGUCAUUCCUCGAACCCUAGUUCAGAAUGCAGGCGGAAAUGCUAUCAGGGUGCUGACAGAGUUAAGAGCAAAACAUACUUCUUCACUGUCCAGCUUUGGCGUGAACGGCGAUACCGGCAAGAUCGUUGACAUGAAAGAAUACGGCUUAUGGGAGAGUGCGAGUGUCAAGGUACAGAUCUUGAAAACUGCUGUUGAGGCGGCACGCAUGCUCCUCCGCGUCGACGACGUCGUUCAGGCUGUGAGAAAAGACAGAGAACCGGGAAGCGGGGCACCAAUGCCUGAGGAGAUGAUGGAGGCGCAGUAAAAAAAGGUCGCAAUUGGCUGUUGGCGUGGUGGCUUGAUAAAUCGAUACGCCUGCUUCGCAAUGCGCGUGUGUACCUUUGAGUAUCACUGACACGAUAACAGCUUUGACAAUUACUUCAUUGUACAUCGCCUUAUCGACCUGA